AUGGCUCCCCAGUCCCACCAAAACGACGAAAAAAUCGCCGUCCACAUUCACACCUCUCACAAUCCCAGCUCGUCCAACACCUCUACCAAUGAAAAAGACAAAAAAGACGAAGAAGCCCUCGAAGACCCCGAAGCAAUCCGCCAACGCAUCCUGGAACAGCGUGCUGAAGAAAUCGCCGCGCAGCGUCCCGCUACCAAUCUCUCUGCCCUCUGGUCCUGGUGGAGCAACGACCCCCUCAAGUCAGGCAUCAGCCUCAAUGACAUCGCGACCCAACCUUCGGUGUUUGACGAUCCUAAGUUGGCGCCAUACUUUCAACCACAUGAGAAGUACGAGAAUAAGCAUCGGUUUGAUCCAUCUUUCAGAUGGACCUGGGCCGAGGAGCUGCCACUUGUGAAAAGGAUUGACUGGAAGGUAACGGCGUGGAGUUGCAUUGCCUUCUUUGCGCUCGAUUUAGAUCGGAGUAACAUCAGUCAGGCGAACACUGAUAACUUUUUAGAGGAUUUGGGGCUAGACACGAAUGACUAUAAUCUAGGGCAGACGGUGUUUAGGGUGGCGUUUUUGUGUGCUGAGCUGCCGAGUCAAUUGGUAAGCAAGAAGAUUGGACCUGACCGUUGGAUUCCGAUGUGCAUGAUCAUGUGGAGUAUCGUCAGUGCUGCUCAGUUCUGGCUUAAUGGACGAGCGAGCUUUUUAGUGACUCGCGUCUUGAUCGGCCUUCUUCAGGGAGGGUUCAUUCCUGAUGUAAUCCUAUACAUGUCUUACUUUUUCAAGAGCACGGAGUUGCCCUUCCGACUGGCUCUCUUCUGGAUGGCCAACCGUCUGACCGACGUCAUUGCCCCUUUGAUGGCCUAUGGUCUUCUGAGACUGCGUGGUUACCAUGGCUACGAGGGUUGGAGAUGGAUGUUCCUCAUCGAAGGCCUCCUCACACUCGCCAUCGGUAUCUGGUCCAUCUUCGCCAUGGUUCCCUCACCAACACAAACCAAAGCUCCAUGGCGACCGAAGGGAUGGUUCACAGAACAUGAAGAGAAGAUCCUAGUCAACCGCAUCCUGCGUGACGACCCGUCCAAGAGUGACAUGCACAACCGGCAAGCCAUCACCUGGAAGCUGCUGUGGGAGUCACUCUGUGACUAUGACCUCUGGCCGAUCUACAUCAUUGGCCUGACCUUCUCUAUACCGGCCGGUCCUCCCGACCAAUACCUUACCUUGACCCUGAGACAGCUGGGGUUUGACACAUUCGACUCCAAUCUGCUCAGCAUCCCAUGCCAAGUGGCCACAACUGUUAACAUGCUCGUCUUAACUUACCUCUCUGAGAAAAUAAACCAGCGCGCGCUCCUCGGGGCCUUCGUGCAAAUCUGGCUCCUUCCCUGCGUUAUUGCUCUCGCAGUCCUCCCCAGCGGCACUGAUCGCUGGGCUGCCUAUGCCUUGGUCACUGUUCUGCUCUCCUAUCCCUCGCCACAUCCGAUGCAAGUUGGCUGGUGCAGUCGCAACUCGAACACCGUUCGUACUAGGACAGUAUCGGCGGCGCUUUAUAACAUGGCUGUGCAACUGAAUAGUAUUAUUAGUGCUAACAUCUACAGGAAGGAUGACCGGCCGGAGUAUAGACGUGGAAAUAGAGUGUUGGUCGGAAUUGCGAGCAUGAACUUAGUGGUUUAUUUGUUAGUGAAGGCGUAUUAUAUGUGGAGGAACCAUCAACGGGAAAAGGCUUGGAGUAGGAUGACGCCGGACGAGAAGGAGCAUUAUUUGAACACGACAAAAGAUAAGGGGAGUAAAAGGUUGGAUUUCAGGAAGUCAGGAUUCUGCCCUUAUAGGGUUAGGGUUAACUCGUCAGGCCCCAGUGUUGCUAAGGUUAGGGUUCAAUGCUGGCUUAGCUAA